AUGGCAGCCACAGCUGGGAUUCACUGUUCGUAUUUUGUUGCUAGGAAGCGUCGUUAUUGUAAGCUUUCGCCGGCAAUUGGUAAGAUAUAUUGCGGUGAACAUGCACAUCUCGACAAGGAUGCACAGGCUGAGAGUAACAGAAAAAGGAUUCAAUGCCCUCUUGAUCCCAAACACUCUAUUUAUGAGGAUCAGUUAAAACACCACUUAACGAAAUGUAACUCCAGAGAGAAGAAUAAACCGAUUUAUUAUGAGAAAAAUCUCAAUUCCGGUUCAGAAGAUUCUGAUUUUGAUCUAAAGGUUACGUUAUCAUCCAUGAGUAACUUCAGAGUUGAAAUCUAUCAUGGCACGUAUCAAGACAAUCUACAUG